CUCCAGGAAACCGUCGGGUGCGGUGAGAUGGGCGCUCCGUCCAGCCGCUGCCGCCUCGCCGGCCGCCCGGAGUGAGAACGUGGCCUCGCCUUCCCGGAAAUGAGCCUCAGCCCCUCCAAGGUUGCGCCAGAGGCCGGGCCCCAGUCCGCAGCCCAGAAGCCGGAGCGGGAGCCGGAGCCGGAGCCUCCGUGGAGGCCGCAGCCCGAGGCGAGGCAGAAAGCCGAGGCCCAGCCCGGGCCGGACUCCGGGAGGCCGGCGGAGGGGGAGGCGCGCCCGCGGGCACAGCCGCUCCCCGCCUCCAAGCCCGAGUCAGAGCGGCCCCUGCGGUCAAGUCAAGGACGGGGACCCAGGCUUCACUGGGCUUCGGGCCAGCGCAUGCAGUCCCUUGAGGCGUCCUAUUCCCAGUCGGGGUCCGCGAGGGGGCCUUCAGGCCUGCCGGUGUCAAGGUCACGCUCAAGGUCAUGGUCGGAAAAUCAGCGGUCGGAGAGACCCCGUUGCCACACCGACUGCCUGGAGAAGCCCCUCUCCCGCGCCUUGGGAAGGCUGGGGUGGGUGGUGGGCUCGCACCCCUGGAUCUUCCUGCUGGCGCCCAUUGCGCUGACGGCCAUUCUGGGCACCGGCUUGAUUUACUUACCCAAGGAUAAAGAGGAAAACCUGGAGGAGCAGUACACCCCCAUCGGGAGCCCCGCCAAGGCUGAGCGGCGCUUUGUGCAGGGACAUUUCACCGCCAACGACUCUUACCACUUCUCCAUCUCCAGGAAGAGCACUGAAGUCAAUUUCGCUUGCAUUCUGGCGGUCUCCAACACCACCUCCGUGCUGGAACAAGAAAUCCUGGAAGAAAUUAGUAAACUGGACGACGCUGUGAUACAGGAUCUGUAUGUGACCAAGGAAAACGGAACCCAGACCCGCUACGAUCAGGUGUGCGCUAAGAACGAGGAUUUCUGCGUUCCCUCCAACCCGCUCCUGGCUGUCUGGCAGAGGAACAAAAACCUCGACCUGGGAAGCGUCACCUUCCCAAUCUUCAACCCAACAGGCCAGCCCAUCUACCUGGCCGGGACCAUUGGAGGAACAUUUUUAGGCAAGAGGAUGGGAAAGAACCAGUUACUCGUGAGGGCCAAGGCCAUGCGGCUACUGUACUUCCUGAAGACUGAGGAUGGCGAGGUCAACGAGCUUAGCAAGAUGUGGCUGAUCCAUUUCCUGAACCAACUUAGCAACAUCGAAAAGAGUCUGGCCUUGACGAAGAUCCAGGUGGUCUACUUUACAUCACUUUCCAGACAACUGGAAUUUCAAGCCACUUCUAUGACAGUGAUCCCUUUGUUUCACUUGGCAUACCUUCUAAUCAUAUUAUUCGCAAUCAUAUCAUGCUACAGGUAUGACUGCCUACGUAACAAAAUGUGGACUGCGGUUGGGGUGAUUUCUGCUGCCUUGGCAGUGGUGAGCAGCUUUGGCCUGAUGUUGUACAUGGGGGUGCCAUUUGUGAUCAUAGUUGCAAAUUCACCAUUUCUUAUUCUGGGUGUCGGGGUUGAUGAUAUGUUCAUAAUGAUUUCUGCCUGGCAGAAGACGAGCCUCGUGGGUAACAUAAAACAGCGUCUGUCCAGUGUCUAUUCCAAAGUGGCAGUCUCGAUUACAAUUACCACCAUCACCAACGUCCUGGCCUUCUAUACAGGGAUUAUGACCUCUUUCAGGGCUUCAUUCAGACUGUGGGUGUUUCUUCUUCAACCAAUAAGAAGACGAUGUUAUCCCAGUUAUGAAGCAAAGCUGAAAAGUGCGAGAUUCCCCUAA